AUGUCUAAAGAAAGAAAACGAAGUAGAAGCCGUAGCAGAUCAAGAGAUAAAAAAGAGAAGAAGAAAAGAAGACACUCAACAUCCAGCUCAGACAGUAGUAGAAGUCCAGACCGUUUUCAGGCGAAACUUGAUAAUGAAAGAGCUGAACGGAAAAAACAGAAAAAAUUAGAAAAACAACGUUUAAAAGACAAGGAAACACCUGAAGAGAAACGAGCUAGACGAUUAGCAAAGAAAGAGAAGAAGAAAAAAGAUAAGAAAGAAAAAGAAAGCGAAGGAUACCUCCCACCUACUCUGUCAUAUACAAACUUGAACAAUCCUUUCAAUGAUAAUAAGCUUACCGAAACGUUUGUUUGGGGGAAGAAGUUGGAAUCAGAGGGAAGAAAUACUGUAUCUCACAAAACUUUGGAAAAAGAAGCCCGAAAACGAGUUCAAAAGAAUGUUCGUGAAAUGGAGGACUUCAAACGAGCUCGUGAUGCUAGAAUAGCCGCGAGAGAAGAUAGAGAUAUGAUUCAAAGAGAUUUGGAUCGCAGAGCCCAUGGAGAUUGGGACUCUAAAGAACGGCAGUUCCAAUUAGAGCAAGUUAAGGUCAGAACAAAGCUCAGGAUUGAGCAAAAUCGAGCAAAACCUAUCGAUCUGCUGUCUCGAUAUAUAACUUAUGGAGAAGACAGUAAGGCCGAUGAUGAAGACGAGUUUGAAUUGCAACAUCCUGCUACGUACGUUCUUAACCUCGGCAUUGAGGAAUAUGAAGAUUUGAUUGAAGAUAUCAAGGUAUAUCGUUCACUGGAUGAAACCAAAAGCCCCGAAUUCUGGAAAGAUGUUAGAUGCAUAAUAGAUGAUGAGCUGAAAAAGUUGAAAGCUGAUUCUAGUCGAUCCGAGAUCCAUAAUUCUGUACAGGCCGAAGUCUUGAAGAUGUUCAAAGGUAGCAACUUGACCGAACUUCUAGAGUUAGAAAGCGGGAUUACAAGCCGCAUCAAUAAUCCCGGCCCUGGAGUUGAUGUUGCUUAUUGGGAAGCUGUCCUAGAACAGUUGAAGGUGCAUAUUGCUAAAACUAGAUUGAAGCAAUUGCAUCAAUCCAAGAUUCAGCUGAAACUGAAACUUAUCCGCGAUGAGAAUGAACGGCAAAUCGGAACCUCAGGCCAAGUCACCAAAGCGCCUAAGAUUAUGCGCAUGGAGGACACUGAAGAGAUCGAAACAACUAUCCGCAGAAAAGUUAAUAUUGCUGAGUUUGAGAACGACGAUCUGGACGAGCAGGAACUCGAACUGAAAUGGAGAUCUCUUGCACCUGAGCAGUUGGAGUUUGUUACCUUAGAACUGUAUGAACGUGGAGGCUACAGUCCUGUAUAUUUGAAAAAAACUGAAAACAUGCCUGGAAUUGAAAUAUUGGAGGAGGAUGCUGACAGAGAUAAUCUUUUAGCUAUCCGUCAACGUAACAGAAAGAAUAACGCAAACGACUCUUUGAUUGAAAAUGUGGAUUCGAAGUUACUCACAAUAGCUAAACAAGGAAUGGAAGGUGAUGAGUCUAUGUUCUCAGUUGAGGCACCAAUUGAUACCCAGACUUUGCUCUGGUCCGAUAAGUACCGUCCAAGAAAGCCCACCUACCUCAAUAGAGUACAGACCGGCUUCGAUUGGAACAAAUAUAAUCAAACCCAUUAUGAUAUGGACAAUCCACCACCUAAGAUUGUUCAAGGUUAUAAAUUCAAUAUUUUCUAUCCUGAUCUUCUUGAUAAGAGAGAAACUCCAUCUUUCUCAGUCACUCCAUGUGAUGACAAAGAUUUUGCGAUCAUCAGAUUCAAGUCCGGCCCACCUUAUGAAGAUAUAGCUUUCAAAGUUGUCAAUCGUGAAUGGGAAGUCAGUCAUAAAAACGGUUACAAAUCGCAAUUCCAAAACGGCGUAUUCCAAUUGUGGUUCCAAUUCAAGAAGUAUCGUUACAGAAGAUAG